GUCUCAACAUGCUACUGAUGCCAUAGUGUCCGAACGAAACGUUUUUGUGAUAACCGCCAAACUGGUACUCAUCUACACCUCACCACCCGCAACCAUGAACAGCUAUAUCAAUUGGCCUGGGCGUCAUCAGUCACAGUAUUCAGAGGCAAGACUCAGAAACUCUCAGCCCCCACAAAGCGAGCAGCCAUCGGGCCACCACACUCGACCUGUCCGCAGCAACACCCUCGAUUCCAACACAGUUUUCCUUAGGGAGGACAUUCCCACACCUAGGCCUUUGCUACAGCACGAGUUGCCCGAGUUCUACACUCUCACCGGUCCGCCACCGCCGCCAACCCUGCCUAGCAUCGCUAUGCACGAGACAUCUCACCCUUGGCUAAAUGAGGAUGCUUUGAGGGAUACUGUCAGCAGUAUCGUCGAGGGAUUCCGAUACGACGAGCCUAACGUAGCCAAGGACGAAAGUACUCAAGCUUUGAUCAGUGAUAUCGCCACUGCUGUGUCGAGCCAGUGUGUAAGCUUGUUUGACGCAAUGCUUACACCUCCACCGCCUCCCAUGAUCUUUCCUGCUGGGGAUGCCGCUUUCCGACCCCAUCCGUCCCUCCCAGGAUUCCCCCCCAACACUCAACCUCAGAGCUCCACCUUGGGCCGCGACUCGAGGCAAGGGGGCGUGGCUCCACAUGAGAUUGAAGUUGUUGACGUUGUUUUCAGCAUGGACGACGAUGAGGCCUCCUUGUGUUCUUCCAUGUCUGACCAUCGCGAAGAUCAAAUCACCGUCAUCUACAACGACGAUUCAGGGCGCCCAGUGACGAAGGUCUUUGAGACUCGUGUGCAGCCUGACGGCCACUCUCGCAUACAGCAGCAGUCCAGGGACGGAGCUACUUUCGGCCGCGAAGGCCGCGAACAAUCGCUUGUUCAGCCUAUGAGGCGCAGGGAUGUGCGCUCCGACAUGAGCAGGCAAGACGGGCCAGCAGAAUCUUUCAACAGCUCUGACAUCUCUCCCGCCAACACGCGAGUCCGAUUCAGCGACCCCUUCAUUCUCACGCCCACAACCUCUACCAGUAGUCACCAAUCUCGCUCGUCCCCUGUCUCUCGUGAGACUGUGAAUCUCAAAGCCGUCAGUGACUUAGAUCUUCUACGAGGGAGCCUUUCGCAAACGGAUGACCAAGUCGCAUCUAUCCUCUCUCAGCUCUCAGACCUGACUCAAUCUGUCAAGGCAUUGGACAGCAAGUUGACAGGCCGCUCGAUAAGAGAGAGAGCAGUUGACAAUUGGAAUGCGCAACAUACUACAGACGGCCUUGGGCCUCUUCAGCACUCAAGAGGAGACCGGGCUUCUGACGCUUACUCUUUACAGCCGGAGGACUACUUCUAA